AUGCGGGAAGUCAACUUCAGCAUUCCAAACGUGAACAAGGCCUCGGUCAACAUCACCACCACCCUUUAUGACCGACGUGCCCUUGACUGCACAUCAACAUUGCCCCUGAUCAACUCGCUCAAUCACCUUGCAUACCUCACAACCUCGUCCGCUCGCAUUCGAGAUAUCCUUACCGUCGAUGGCGGGAUCGAAAGACUCGUGUGCAUCCUGAAGGAGGGCAGGAGCAAGGACCUCAUGGAAAUGUGGAAAUGGAGUCUCGCGUUUCAGUGUGUAGUCAAUAUCGGUGUCCGCGGCUCCGAAAGUGUGCGGACCAGAGUGGUGGAAGCCGAUAUGGUUCCGGUGAUUGCCACCAUCCUAGACAACUACAUCAAGGUGGUGGACAAGGUCCGCGCCCGCGGCGAGACCGAGCCUCAUAAACACUCGCCCAGUCGCCAGGCCAGCAAAUCGACGACAUCAACCCGCGAGAUCACUUCCCACUCACCUGCACCCGAGUCCGCCGCCCACGCUGAAACUCGUUCUUCCCGCCGACAGGCCCCUCCGCCUAGCAUCGAAAUCCCGCAAGCCACCUACUACCAAGAAACGCAACCGACCGAUUCCGAUGCGAUGGAUAUUACCUCUCCGCCUCGUGCCCCCAUGACCUCGCCUCCCGAACGAAGCACCUUCCGACCAGAGGCUCACACCCAUCGGUCUCAUGAUGGCCUGUACUCUCGUUCAAAUCACCGUUUGCACACAAUGCAGCCCCUUGCCACUGCCGUCCCUCCCAUAGAUGGGACCGAAGCGUUUGGUCUGCGACCAGUCCGUGAUGCGGAGCGCCUUCCAAGCAUGCUUCCCGGGCUGCAGACUGGCAUCAUCUCUCAACCCGACUCCCCCACAACCCCAAGUGGCCCUCUCCAGCCUCAAUCUCGAAGUGUUCCUCCACCUCCUCCGCCUGUCAGAUCGCGCCCUGCUAUUCGGCAGCAGCAGUCUGGAUCGGGCGAGUCGGACGACGCCAAUGGCGAAGACUCGACCAUGGGAGAUGACAAUGUUUUGGGGCAGACCGACGAUCCCAUCGUUGGUCUCCCGAAUCGAAUGGAGAUUGAUGGUGUUGAUGAGCGACAGACGGCCAUGAUUGACGACGUUUCCACGACCCAUGGCCUCACGGUAACCGACCCCUCCGAGGAGGGCCAAGAAGCCGAAACCUUCAAUAUUGCUCACCGCUCUGCCGUUGACGGCAGCAUCAUCAACAACACUCCUCAGACUGCUGGUGGCCUGGGUCUUUCCCCCACUCAAGCCCCUAAUCAUCCUAAUUCUCCAACUCUUGCCCCCAGUCCAUACGCCAUGUACCUCCGUGACCGAAAUAUGCCCGUGUCGCAACACGUCCUGACGACUAUGCCUCGCGAUGAAGAUGUGUUGAUGUCGUUGCAGCUCUUAGCCUAUGUGUCUAAGUACUGCAACCUCCGAUCAUACUUCCAGCGCUCUCACUUGGUGCCCAAGCUCAAGAUCGAUCAUGAGUUGCACCUGCUGGAUGAUAAUCCCGAUUCAUCUUCUCCAGUCGAAAUGCCCGAGAACGAGGACGAGUACCUCCUUCCCGACGAUGUCAACAUCUUCCCCCUGGUGGAGAAGUUCACGGUUCGACACCAUUCGAAGGAUAUGCAGUACUGGGCGUGUGUUGUCAUGCGGAACCUCUGCCGCAAGGAUGAGUCGCGGGGUGGCAUUCGACAAUGUGCCUACUACAAGUGUGGCAAGUGGGAAGAGUUCCAGCGACAGUUCGCCAAGUGCCGCCGCUGUCGCCGCACCAAAUACUGCAGCAAAGACUGCCAGAAGGCCGCGUGGGUGUACCACCGUCACUGGUGCCACACGACCCCUUGA